UGUCCUUCCAUUCUAACCGCGCAUGCACGGCUCCGGGAGCGCUCAGCACGGCAAUCGGCAGUGCGCUGUGUCACAGUGGAUCACCAAUCAAUGGAAAGAGCCAAAGAUGUCGGCUCAGUCAUGUGAUCAGCUGUGUCCAAUCACAGCCAAUCGUGUCAGUGCCACCUGUCAGUGUUCAUCAGUGCCAGCUGUCGGUGCUCAUUCAUGCCACCUGCCAGUGCCACAUCAAUGCCACAUAUCAGUGCCUACCAGUGCACAUCAAUGCCCAUCUGAGCUGCCUUUCAGUGUCACCCAUCAGUGCCAGUCAGUGCCACCUAUCAAUGCCAGUCAGUGCCACCUAUCAGUGCUGCCAAUCAGUGCCGCCAGUCAGUGCCGCCUAUACGUGUGCAUCAGUACCACCUAACAGUGCCAGUCCGUGCCACCUAACAGUGCCAGUCAGUGCCGCCUAUCAGUGCCACCUAUCAGUGCCAUAUAUGAGUGCUGCCUUUCAGUGCCCAUCAGUGAUGCCUGUCAAUGCCCAUCAGUGCCACCUACCAGUGCCUCCCCAUCAGUGCCACCUAUCAGUGUCCAUCAGUGCAGCCUAUCAGUGCUCAUCACUGCAGCCUCAUUAGUGCACAUCAGUGAAGGAGAAAAAUCACUUAUUUACAAAAUUUUAUAACAAAAACUAAGAAAUAACUUUAUUUUUUCAAAAUUUUCAGUGGUUUUUGGUUUGUUUAAGAAAAAAUAA